AUGCUGACGCUCUUCAUCCUCCUCAUCAUCACUCUAUCAUGUGUCAGUGGAGUGACUGUAGUGACUCAGAGUCCAGUAAUCACAGUCAGUAAAGGACAAACUGCUCAACUGGACUGUAAUCUGGGGACUGUGACAAGUUCUGAAGCUAGAUGGUACAAACAGACUCCAGCAGGAGUUCCUCAGUAUGUGUUAAGAUUUUAUCAUACCAUGAGAUCACCUGACUAUGGAUCUGGUUUCUCUGCUCCUAAAUUCACAUCAACACAUUCAUCUAAAUCAGAUUAUAGUCUGAUCAUCAGUAAUGUGGCUGUGAGUGAUUCUGCAGUGUAUUGCUGUAAGACAUGGGACCACUCUGCUAAUGAAUAUAAAUGAAUUACUGUGGUCUUCGGCCAAGGAACAAAACUGAACGUCAUCGACUUUCCUCUGACUCCUCCUGUGGUGACUCUCUUGCCUCCGUCCGCUGAGGCUCUGAAGGACAGUAAGGCUACACUGGUGUGUCUGGCUGAGGAGAUUUCUGUGGCUCUGCUUGACGUCAGCUGGACAGUCAAUGGACGCUCCGUCACUGAUGGCGUUUGGAGCAGCUCUACUGAGAAACAGCAAGACCAAACCUUCAAAAUGAGCAGCUUACUGACCAUCCAAACCUCCGACUGGACCAGCGAUGCGCAAUUCUCCUGUCGAGUGUCGCUGGGCUCAAAAAUGACGGAGAAAAGCAUCUCCAGUUCACAGUGUAACUGAAAUAUAAUGUCUGUGGAUGAAUGUAAACCUCGUGUUUUACUUUAUUUCUCUUCUUAUAUGAUUUGAUCUGUGUGACUUUAGCUUGAUGUUUAAUGUGACUGUUCUUCAUUUGGUGGUUUCGGUUCUGUCAUUAAAACUCUUUUGCAUGGCAGUAGUUUGCAUGUUCUUUCA